UUGUAGCUCGAAAUUCUAAACCAAUAGUGUAUUUGAUCUAGGAAACAGCUGUACUACUGGUGCACCAUUAAACACAAGCGAUAGAUCAGAAGAUUAUUAACGAGGGUCCCAAAUUAUGGUAAGAAAGAAAUAAAAAUGAACAGAUCUGCAACUAUAAAAGAGUACACAACCAGUGGUAGUCCUUAUAGUCGAGCUUUCUUGGAGCGGACAGAGUAACAAAACUAGUCAGAUCAUGGCGAUGGCGAUUCGUUUGGUUUUUGUAAUGGCUCUUUUACUUCUGUUUUUGGGGGUUAAGGCCGAGGUUUCUUUAACUGAUCCCAAGGUUGAAGAAGAUAAAUCACAACAUUUUGGCCUCAGCCAGGCAUUUCGUGUUUUCACCAGAGGAGCCAACAGGCGGCUGGUUCAAGGCGUAGUUUUAAAGCUUGUAAAAUACUUGAACAAUGGGGAUCUGGCUGUAGCACCUGCACCAGCUCCACAUCCAAGCCAAUUGGAUUGUGGAGGGUUAUGCAAAUACAGAUGCAGUUUACACUCGAGGCCAAAAGUGUGUAUAAGGGCAUGUGGAACAUGUUGUCUAAGGUGCAAAUGUGUGCCACCAGGUACCUUUGGCAACAGAGAGAUGUGUGGCAAAUGUUACACCGAAAUGACCACUCACGGAAACAAGACCAAGUGCCCUUAAUUAAUAGUAUAUUAUUUUUAUCUUACAAGUGUGUUUUGGGUGGACCUAGCUUAUUGAAUUUCAUAUAUCAUAUGAGAUAGUAGUAGCAAAUCAUGUCUGGCUUGAUUGAUAAAUCUGGUUGCAAAGUCAUGUGGGUUUUAGUUUGGAAAGUAUGUAAGAUGUUAUGUACCAUGUUGUACCCGGCUUAAUUAGUUAUAAGUAUAUCUCGAUAUGUUAUUUUUAGUGA